AUGCUCGGUUGGAUGCUGAAACGCGGCGAGAACGCGCCAACGGCGGAUGCUGGAGAAACGACGCUGCUAGAUCAGCCGGACACUCCCGCUCCCGUUUUUGCUGCUCGCGCCUUCAAAAGUGCCCUGUUCGGCACCCCCGCGCCAUCGACGGACGAGACUCGACAACCGCAAGGCAAUAUGGCAACAAGAAAAGCAUCCAUGGCUUCGGACCCGAGCUCCAGCACACCUUCCAAGCCGGCUGGAAUCCUACUCACCCCUGGUACGGGCACCUCUCGACGAAAACGUGUCUCGUUUGGCCGUGACCUCCCAGCGACCAGUAAAAGCACGGCCAAGAACGACAAGGCCGGCAGCAACCGACAGUCGCUGCUUACGGAGGCUCUGGAGAAUUCCAGACGAAAAGGAAAGGCUGAAACUGCAAGGAAGCCGGCCGAAGUGUCAGACGACGAAUGGGAGGAGGCCGAGGACGACUACUGUACAAACGACAUCACUUUGGACUUGAACGAACCUCACUCGCAGUCGGGUCGCUACUGGAAGGGGGAGUUUGAAAAAUACCACCAAGAGGCCAAGGCAGAAAUGGAGAAAUUGCUCAAGUAUAAGCAACUUGCGAAAUCUUAUGCACAGCAAAAGGAUUCCGAAGCAAUCCAUCUCGCCGAGAAGCUCAGGGAUGAACAGCAAAAGGUCAUUAAGAUGGAGCGGAAGAUUGCGGAAAAUGCAUCACACAUCGUUUCCAAACAUGGCCAAUCGCACGACGACGAACCAACUGCCUUGCUCAUGAAACUCGCCAAGCAGACCUCCCUGGCAGCCCAGUACAGGCACCGUGUGCAGGAGUUGGAAGCAAACUGGGAGGCGCUCCUCCGCCAGAAGGAGGACAGCGCCGACAGUGGACGACAGAAACGACAGGAAACGGCCUCUCCGAUGACGCAGAAGACGCUGGUCGAGACACAACGUGAGCUUCGUCGAGCCCGAAGUCAGCUCAGAGAAGUCGACUCGCUUCGUCAGGAGGUCGCGUCGUUAAAGGUCCAACUCAAGGUCGCCGAGGCCCGGUCGAGCAAAGAUGCUCACCGCAAUCGAGAAUCCGCGGGACCGAGAGCUCGCGAGCUGCGCGCUCAGCUCGAGCAGGCAAUGGAAGAAUCUAAGAAGAAGGACGAGGAGUUGCGAAAGCUAAAGGUUGCCUUUGAGGCCGUGAGCCAAGAAAACGAGGCGCACCAAGCAGAUACUAAAGCCGUGCUUGAGCGAGCUUACACGAAAAUCGCAAGCCUGAAACAGGAGGUCAAAGCUCUGAAAGCUACCGGAGCGGAAACGCUUCAGCGCAGCAGCUGGCAGCCGAAUCAUGACGGGAGCCCCGAGGCCGGCACAGAUUGGGUGGCCAAAAUGCACCGCGGUGCAGAGUACUCUCGACGGAAGCAUGAGUCGGCCGAUAACGAGGCGGCAACGAAGACUCAACUUCCACGGCAUACCGUUGAGACAGCGACAACACAAGGCAGUGGAAAUGCCCUAGCAGAGCGGCCAAGUCUUGGACAGCCUAAGUGGCGACCGUUCGUGCCGAGGUCACCAAGAAACAGGGCGUAUCUUGGCGAAGCGCUGGAGAAGCGCAUCCGCAACGGGGGUGCAACACCGGCGCCCCCAAGGUCCAAGCGCGCAUCGGUCACAAAACCGCCAGAAUCGUCGAGUGUACUGUCACGCGAUGUCGGACGAGAGACAUCCGGCAGAGCCGACGAAGUCGAUCUUUUGCAGAACCGCUUCGAACGUCUCGGCGGGCCGGACCACAACAGGGCUGGUGACAAGACCGGCAGCAGCUCCGGACUAGGCAACAGGUCCAAGGGCAGGACCAUCUCGACGGAAAGACGGGCGGCCGCUCUCGCGCGCAUCGAGAAGAGCAUGGCGGAGAAGAAGCGAUCGCAGAGACGCAAGGCCUACGACAAAGAGAACAUGCUGCCAUGGGCUUAA